CCUUUGAGCUGAAGCGGUCGAUCUUCAGCUGUCAGUCACGAGCUGAGAAUGGACAAGUAUGUGCAGCGGUAUGCGAGGGCUUCGGCAUCCCAAUUCGCGCAAGACGACGAGCUGGAACGGGAAGUAGCGUCGCUCUGGAAAGGCAAAGGCACUGUACAAUUACCUCACUUUGACAUGCCUCAAGUUGACCACCCUGCUGCCUUCUUGGCGAGUGUGACGUCGAACAACACGGUGGACAAUCCACAAGCUCAGAUCAAGCUCGCUCACGGCACGACGACGCUCGCUUUCCGCUACAAGGGCGGUGUGCUCGUUGCAGUCGACUCGAGAGCAACAGCAGGAAGCUACAUUGCCUCUGGUACGGUGCGCAAAGUCAUCGAGAUCAAUCCGUUCUUGCUCGGUACGAUGGCAGGAGGUGCAGCAGAUUGCCAAUACUGGGAAACCUACCUCGGUAUCCAAUGUCGACUGUACGAACUAGCCAACAAGCAGAGGAUCUCCGUGGCAGCGGCUUCAAAGUACCUCAGUAAUCUCGUGUAUGGCUACAAAGGUCAAGGACUCUCGAUGGGCACAAUGAUCUGCGGAUGGGAUAAGACCGGCCCUGCACUCUUCUACGUCGAUUCGGACGGAUCAAGGAUGAAGGGCGAUGUGUUCUCUGUCGGUUCGGGCUCCACCUUUGCGUACGGUGUGCUCGAUCAGGGAUACAAGUGGGAUCUGACAGAUGAAGAGGCAUACGACCUGGGCGCGAGAUCGAUCUAUGCUGCCAUGCACCGUGAUGCCUUUUCGGGCAACUCACUCAAUAUGUAUCACGUCAAGGAGGACGGCUGGCUCAGGUUCCCCAACGUCGACUUCAACAAGCUUCACUACGAUCGAGCGUAUGGCUACGAAGUACGUACCGCACCUACAAACAGUGCUCCCGCGCAGCAGACGACGAGCCAGACUGUUGUCAUCUGAACGAUCUCGUCAGUGCGUCAUCGUUCGCCAGACGCGAUUGGAUUUUCUGUGAUCGCGACUGGCUCUAUCGAUGGCCAGGCAGGGUCCUGAGGUGCUCGAGCUAGAGCCAUAGUGACGGGUGAGAUGAGCACGCUGUUUGACAAGCUCCAGCAGGACUACUGUCCCGAUCUCAGUCCCGUCAUCGUUCUAGCCAUCCUGAACGAGCUAGAACCUCAAGAUGAGACCGUUGCUCGAGACCAACUCAACAUGCUCCUCCAUCACGCGCAGCUCAACACGAGCGUAGAGCCUGCUCCAUCUCCAUCUCCCCCUCUGUCUACAGACGACUCGGCAUCCAACGCUUCAGAGCCCUUGUCGCUCUCAUCCAACGAUGAAGCUUUUGCCUUUUUGGAGACUUGUUUCCCCGAUAUACCGCUUUCCCAGCUAUCAGUCGCUCUCGAAUCGGCGCAGAACGAUGCAGAU